CCCACACACAGUCGCCGCCGCCGCUCUCCUUCCUUCACCCACCUCCGCCCGUCGGGUCGCUCAGCCGCCAAAGCUCCGUCGUCCUCAGCCGCCGCUUCAGUUGAGCUCGCCGCUUGCGCCGCAAAGCUCCGUCCCUCGAGUCCGUUGCAGCUCCUUCGCGUCCCUUUUCAGAGCGUCCAUGCAGGAAGAGGAAUUGGAGGAAGUAGGAUUAGAAACAAUGAAUGGAGGAAUUAAAGAAGGGGAAGAAGGAAGAGUAGCGGAAGUUGGAGAAGAAGAAGAAGAAGACGACGAGGAGGAGGCGUGGUCGUCGGAUUCCGAAAUCGAGAACGCGCUGGAAUGGUUGGACUUGAAAGACGGCGGAGAAGCGGUGGGCGGAGCCUUCGCUCCCAAUUCGCGGCGUCCGAACGCUCACGGAGGGCUCCACACGCGUGCCCGGUCGUCCACGCUUCAACCCCUGUUCAAUCGGAGCCAGAAACUCACCACUCAUGUCCGCGCUUCCCCUUUGGAGGAGUGGGAGGGAAGGGUGAAUGUCGGCAUGUCCAGCACAGUGACAGCUUCAAUUCGAGAAAGUGUGCGGGAUAUGGCUGUUGGCAAAAUUAAAAGUCAUGAGAAAGCUGAUCGUGCAACUGUCGAGCAGGCCAUUGAUCAGAGGACUCGGAUGGUUCUCUUCAAGAUGCUCAACCGUCAAGUAUUUAAUGAUAUAAAUGGUUGCAUUUCCACUGGCAAAGAAGCAAAUGUCUAUCAUGCAACAAAAUCUGAUGGACAAGAAUUGGCAAUCAAAGUCUACAAGACUUCAGUGCUGGUGUUCAAGGACCGAGAUCGGUAUGUUCAAGGGGAUUUUCGUUUCAGACAUGCGUAUGGCAAGCAUAAUCCCAGGAAAAUGGUAAAAACAUGGGCUGAAAAGGAAAUGAGGAAUCUUAUGAGGCUGAAGGCAGCUGGAAUUAGAUGUCCAACUCCUCAUCUUUUGAAACUUCAUGUUCUUGUCAUGGAUUUCAUAGGCAAGGCGGGUUGGGCUGCACCUCGUCUUAAGGAUGCUGCUUUGUCUUUGGACAAGUUGCGCGAAUGUUAUCGAGAGCUGAUUAUUGCUAUGAGAACAUUGUAUCAGAAUUGCAAACUUGUUCAUGGAGAUCUGAGUGAAUAUAACAUACUAUAUUUUGAGGAGCACCUUUAUAUUAUUGAUGUCUCUCAGGCUGUUGAUCUUGAUCAUCCUCAUGCUCUUGAUUUCCUGCGAGAAGACUGCCUUCAUGUUUCUGACUUCUUCAAGAAACAUGGCGUUGGCGUAAUGACAAUCCGGGAGCUCUUUGAUUUUAUUGUUGAUUCAUCCAUAACUGAUGAUUCAGUUGAUAGUUAUUUGGAAGAGAUUCAGCAAAGAAUUUCGGCGAGAGGAAAUGUGUUGUCGCCAGAAGAUGAAAUUGCGGACUCCGUUUUUGUACAGUCAUAUAUACCAAAGUCACUGGAUUCGGUGAAAAAUGCGGAAGAGGACGUGAUUCGGAUAACAAGUGGGAAGGACACUGGGGACAUGUACUACAAGACUAUUACGGGGUUACAUCAGGCUCUCACGAAGGAGGAUGCUAAUGCUAUAGAAAAGCCGACCGAUCUUGGCGAUAAUACUAAAGCUUGCGGUGGUGAGUCCAAGUCUGAUACAGAUGUAGAUGAAGAUUCGGAAGGAAAUGAGUCGGCUUCCGAAACUGAGGCGCAGGCUCCUGUCGACAAGAAGGCUGCAAGGAAGGAGAACAAAAAGAAGGUCAAAGAGGAAAAAAGGGAAGCGAGGAAAAACAAAGUCCCCAAGGCUGUGAAGAAAAGAAGGGAGAAGUUGGCCAAAGCCCACAAGACUAGGUAGUCGUUUCUAACAUGACAUUACUAGUUUUUCGGCAUUCGUCGGGAGAGAGAGAAAGUGAGUCAAGAUAGGUUUGAUUUACCAAAAUUGUAGAUGACUUUGCACUUUUCAGCAGUAGCCCAGAUUUAGCUGAGAGUAAAGCUAGAGGGAUGAGUUUAUGCCGUCUUGUAUUGUGUCGGUAUCGUUAUUGGAUGAUGCCGGUAUAUCCUUCUGAGGUAAAUUGUAUAGCAGCUUAUUGUUUUUUCUUCUUUUUGGCUAGUUAAUAGAACGGUUCCGAUCC